ACUAAAAGUUGAAGCGCAUCAUUCGCCUGUUGUUGUUAGUUGUUACAGAUUUGCGCUGUAUUAUUAAUAAUAGACACCGGCCUGUAGAAGAUGUGCUGUCUCGAUGCCGAUGACUAGCAUUAACGUUGCGGAAUGGUCCGUGGAGCAGGUUGCGGACUGGCUGUCGGGGCUGGGCCCCACUGUGGCGCGCUACGUGCCGGCGCUGCGCGAGCGAGGACUGGACGGGGCCAAGCUGCUCACCCUGCGCUGCGAUGACCUCGAGUACCUCGGGGUGCACGUCAUCGGACACCAGGAACUCCUACUCGAGGCGGUCGAGCAUCUCCGGAACUUUCACUUCGAGGUGUCCCGCGAGUGCGUGGCGCGGCUGGCGCUGCGCGUGUCGGUGCUGGCCACGGGGCUGGCGCGCUCGCUGGCCGCGCACUGCGACGCGCGCCUGGAGACACAGACCCUGGCCGACGUCGCCUCCACUGUACACGCUGUCAAGCCCCUCGUCUGCUGGCUCGAUAGGUAACACAUAUCACUAACCUACUGUUAUUAUUCACACCAAACCACAUUUCUCUAGAAGAAAAUUAUGUAGUGUUUUGUCAACCCUGUAACUAAGAUUAACUUACCCAAAAAAAAUAUAUAUAUAAU